GCUUUCCCACAAAAGGUCUGGAUAUGAACCAUCGGAAGAGAGAAUUCAUCAAGGGAAUUACUCUCUCAAAAGAAGAUGGGUUUAUGGAAUAAUAAUCUUACUAAUAAUAAUACUAAUAAUAAUAGUAAUAACCAUUUACAACACAACAAUUUCUUCUUCCAAACACCAACUUUCAUUGAAUGGCUCAAGCCAAUCUCCUCAUCAUCUUCUUCCUCAUCUUACCAUUCCUCUUCUCCUCCUAAUUCUUCUUCCACUACUUCCUCAUACUCUAGCUCAACUACUUAUCCUCAUCAAGAUUAUUAUGUUAAUCCUCAAAUUAGUAGUACUAAUACUACUACUAAUUCUCUUCAAUGCUUGCCCCUUCUAAGCAGGCUCGAUAAUGAUGAGAUAAAGCCUUUGAAAGUCGAAGAGGGUUUCGAGAAAGUCACUUUGCAUAUAGGAUUGCCCAGCACAACCAUCACCGCGGCCAUCGCAGCUGGUGAUGAUUCCACCGAGUUUUCGGAUGAUCAUCACCAGCAGCACCACGAUGAUGAGAAGAUCAAGGUUGUUGAUCAUCUCAAGGAAGAGAAAGAAGAAGAUGAUCGUGAUGAUGAUAAUAAUGAAGAUGAAGAAGUAGUAGUAGCCAUGAAGAAGCAUAAUAAGAGCUUUGAAUAUGGAUGUUCUUUCAAUAUGGAGAGUAGGUUUUGGAUCCCAACUCCAGCACAAAUUUUAGUUGGUCCAAUGCAGUUUGCUUGCUCUAUAUGCCAUAAGACCUUCAAUAGGUACAACAAUAUGCAGAUGCAUAUGUGGGGACAUGGAUCGGAGUAUCGAAAAGGGCCAGACUCACUCAAAGGAACACAGCCAGCAGCAAUGCUGAGGCUUCCAUGCUACUGCUGCGCGCAGGGGUGCAAGAACAACAUCAACCACCCGCGCGCCAAGCCACUCAAGGACUUCCGCACCCUCCAAACCCACUACAAGCGCAAGCACGGCCUCAAGCCCUUCCAUUGCCGCAAGUACUCCUGUGGCAAGUCAUUCGCCGUCAAGGGCGAUUGGCGAACCCACGAGAAGAACUGCGGCAAGCUCUGGUACUGCACCUGUGGCUCGGAUUUCAAGCACAAGAGGUCUCUCAAGGAUCACAUUAGGUCUUUCGGUAAUGGCCAUUCCCCUCAUCCUUCUCUCGAAGGCUUUGACCACGAUGACAAAGAGUGUGUCACGGCAGGAUCUGAGGAUGAGGACUUGAUGAUCACCGCUCGUGCCUAAUUUAAGACUAUGCAUGCAUGCACGUAUUCACGUGCAUGCAUGCAUAAUGCCUUUGGAAAAAGCUUGUGCUCGGUAACAAAACAUUCUCGUGCAAGGUGGCAGGGAGGGGUUUGAUACUGAACACUCGCUUUGAUGCAUGAUAUAAAUAUAGAACAAUAAUAUUAUAUCUCUAUAUGUGUAGAAAGAGAGAGUGAGAAAGAGAAGAGAGAGAGUUUGAUGAGUAUUAAUGGUGUUAUAUGUUAGAAUAAGAGUAUUGAUGAUUGAUUACCUAAAGGGUCGAUGAAGCAUAUGAAUUUUCUUGUCAAUAAUCCACUCAUCACCAUCCAAAAAAAUAAAGGUAUGUGUUGAUGAAGAUAUUGGAGAAAAUUUAUCUGCUUCAUAUGUUGCCCAACUGGUGAUCUUUAAUUAUUAAUUACAAUAUUAUAUAUCAAGAUGAAGAGUUUUAUUUCAUCUUUUUUAUUUGAGUUCA